CACUCUGUCUUCAUAUAUUUGUCUUAGGUUUCAGCAAUGGACUCUCUCUCAGCAUCAAACGGUAGUUUUACCCUCGACCUUUUCAAAAAGCUGAAUGAAUCUUUUAAAGGCCAAAACAUUUUCUUUUCCCCUUGGAGUAUUUCAUCUGCUCUGGCCAUGACUUAUGUGGGGGCAAAAGGUAACACUGCAACGCAGAUGGCUGAGGUGCUUCAUUUUAAGAAAACAACAGGAACUGGAGAAGGCUGUUUGCAGGUGACAAGAACUUCUCGUGGGAGGCCAAAGAAAAGGAAGAUGGAACCUGAGGACUGCAAAGAUGAAGACAUUCAUUCUGAGUUCCAGGCAUUAAUCUCUUCAAUCAACAAACCCCAAAAUUCUUACUUGCUUAAAACUGCCAACAGACUGUAUGAGGAACAGACUUUCCAGUUCCAUAGUGAAUACGUAGAAUUCAUAAAAAACUAUUACCAUGCAGAGCCCCAAGCAGUUAACUUUAGAAAAGCUGCAGAACAAGCCAGAAAAGAAAUCAAUUCCUGGGUUGAAAGCCAAACUGAGGGGAAAAUCCAGAAUCUGCUGCCUAGAGGUGCUGUUGAUCCCAUCACUGUACUGGUCCUGGUUAAUGCCAUUUAUUUCAAAGGAAAGUGGGAAAAGAGAUUUCUGAAUGAGAACACGUCUGAGAAUCCAUUCAGACUGAGCAAGACCAAGACUAAACCAGUGCAGAUGAUGUUUCUAAAAGAUAGAUUUCCAAUAUGCUACUUGGAAACAAUGAAGGUCAAAAUUGCUGAGCUUCCAUACGUCAAUAAUGACCUCAGCAUGCUCAUCCUAUUACCAGAUGACAUUGAGGAUAAAUCUACUGGUCUGGAACAGCUAGAGAGGGAAUUGACCUAUGAGAAAUUAUCCAAGUGGACCAGCCCAGAAAUGAUGAAAAUGUCUGAAGUGGAGUUGUUUCUGCCCAGGAUCAAAUUGGAAGAGAGCUAUAACCUCAAAUCCACUUUGAGCAGCAUGGGGAUGAAAGAUGCCUUCAGUCAGAGCCAAGCUGAUUUCACAGGGAUGUCUGAUAAUAAUGAUCUGUUUUUGUCACAAGUUUUUCACAAGUCCUUUGUUGAGGUCAAUGAAGAAGGCACUGAGGCUGCAGGUGCAAGUGCAGUCGUUGUAGUAGUGAGAGCAUCCUUAAACUCUGUAAGAUUUAAGGCAGAUCACCCUUUCCUCUUCUUCAUCAGGCACAACAAAACCAACAGCAUCCUCUUCUUUGGCAGAUUCUGCUCCCCCUAGAAUGUAUUACUCUCUGCUACCAAAUAACAUCAUUUGCUCACCAUGCAACUGGGAAAUACAAAUUGAAGCCUGAAAUUCAAAGCUUAGAUCUAGUUGGUGAUUUUAGUUAGAGCCCUGAACAUAAGCUGCCUCCGUCAGGAGUAGCCUCAGAAGUAAUUGUGCCUCAGAGACACACGCUGAGGCACAUUUUCUUCUGUGCUCCUCUGCUAUACUGAGCAGACAGUAAUCUACUGCAGCCCCUUACAGAGUGCAGCAUACUACCCACUGCACUGAGCCUGCUCUCCUGGCUAGUGUUAUGGGGGCCAGAGUCAUGGCUCUGUAGUCUCUGUCCCU